GCGCUCAUUGUAACCAUCUUUUUGUGUGGCUCCAUCUUCAACUAGCUACCGACCAUUCCAACACUAGACUAUCCAGAAUUCCACAGGGAAAUCAACAUCAGGGAACAUCUUGAGGAGUCAAUCGCUACUUCCAUUCGCAUCUUCUCGCCUAAAAGAUACAUUUUUGCAUCCGGAUAAUCAAUAACAGAUCCCGGCGAUCCAACACAGACAUUCACCAUGGGUUUACUCAAGACGGUAUUGGCAUCUUCGAUGCUCCUUGCGAGCAAUGUUGCUGCUCUUGACGCGGUUGUUAUGAAGGGUACCAAGUUCUUCUAUGAGAACGGCACACAGUUCUACAUCAAGGGUGUAGCUUACCAGCAAGACACCGCUGCCGGUGGCGAGACAUCCUCCGAGACCACCACCUACAGCGAUCCCCUCGCUGACGAGGACGCCUGCAAGCGUGAUGUGCCCCUUCUGGAAGCCCUCGGCACCAACACUAUCCGAACCUACGCCAUUGAUCCCACCAAGGACCACUCUGCUUGCAUGAAGCUGUUGUCCGCCGCUGGUAUCUACGUCAUCUCGGAUUUGAGUGAGCCUUCGCUCUCUAUCAACAGAGACAGCCCCGCCUGGAACGUCGAUUUGUACGAUCGUUACAAGAACGUUGUUAAUGAGCUCGCCCAGUACGAUAACGUCAUUGGCUUCUUUGCUGGCAAUGAGGUUUCGAACAAUGCUUCUAACACCGAGGCUUCUGCCUACGUCAAGGCCGCCGUUCGUGACACAAAGAACCAUAUUGCCUCUCUGCAAGCCGCCGGUGGUCGCUGGCUGGGUGUUGGUUAUGCUGCCAACGAUGACGCCAACAUCCGUCACAAUCUGGCUGAUUACUUCAACUGCGGUAACCAGAGUGAAGCCAUUGACUUCUUCGGCUACAACAUCUACUCCUGGUGUGGUUCGAGCUCUUUCACCGAGUCCGGCUACAACACCCAGGUUGACUUCUUCUCCAACUACUCUGUUCCCGUCUUCUUCGCUGAGUAUGGUUGCAACACUGUCAACGGUGCUGAGGGCCGCGAGUGGGACGACACUACAGCUCUCUACUCUGACGAAAUGACAGGUGUCUUCUCCGGCGGUAUUGUCUACAUGUACUUUGAGGAGGACAACGACUAUGGUCUUGUUAAGCUCGACGGUGAUGAUGCUUCCACCAUGAGCAACUACGAGGUUCUGUCCAGCAAGAUCGCCAAGGCUACCCCGUCGUCUGUCUCCAUGAGUGCUUACGAGGCCACCAACACUGCUCAGGCCUGCCCUGCCGUCGGUGAUUCUUGGCAAGCUGCCGAGGCCCUGCCUCCCACACCCAACCGUGACCUCUGCGAGUGCAUGUACAAGUCUCUGACUUGCCAGCCUGCCUCCAGCUUGGACUCGGAAGACUACGGUGACAUUUUCAACUACAUCUGCGGCAAUGACGCCGAUGCUUGCGCCAGCAUCAAGCACGAUGAGUCCACUGGUGUAUACGGACCUUACGUCGGCUGCAACUCCACCCAGCAGCUCGGUGCCGUUCUCCAGGCAUACUACGAGAACCAAAACUCUGCCUCCACUUCAUGUGACUUCGACGGUUCCGCCACCAUUAACAGCAAGCCCGCUUCCAACGGCACUUGCGACACCUUGAUGGAGGCUGCUAGCUCUUCCGCCUCUACCGUCGCUACCGCCACUGGCGGCAGCUCCUCCUCCACUUCCACCGCCAACUUCGCUGCUGGCCCUAUUCGCAUGGACACACUGAUGACCGUAGGCGACUACGCCAUUGGGAUCUACCUGGUAGCUGCGGGUGCCGUGGGCGCCGCCAUGGUUGCUCUGUAGGCAGACGAAUAGGCCUAGUCUUAUGUGGAGUUGGAUUUGAGAAUUCUAAAUAAUGCAUGCAUAGCAAUCGAGUACCCCACCUCGUCAUGGUUUCUUCAUUGUGUCAUCCCCUUCGUUGGAUUGUCAAAGCCCUAUAAAAGGUAGUUAGAUCGCGACUGUGGAAUCUUGUACUUAAGUUUUUUUGUAACUCGUCGGUACUUUGUAGAGGAAUGCACUACUGGUAUCAAAACC